AUGACGACCAACGGCGACACUCAAGAUCGCUACAUCCUCCAACGCAACUACCACGCAUCUGCCCGGCUGAAUCUGCAAACCUACCUCUGGAGGGAUUCCCUGGGGUACAUCAUCCACCCGAGCGUGCCGCCGCUGAAGGCCGAUGCGCGGGUCGCCGAUGUGGGAUACCAUGGGGCUAAAUUAUUUCCGGCUGUCCGGAACACCACCGACAGGAUCUGGCUGACGCAGCUCAACCGCGAACUGAACCGCGACUCUGUCCGGCUCGACGGCUUCGAUAUCGACAUCAGCCAGUGCCCGCGCCAGGAGUGGAUGCCCUCGAAUAUCCACUUCCAGCAGUGGGAUGCCGUCCAGCCGCCGCCGGCCGAACUGCACGGCCAGUUCGACCUCGUCCAUCUGCGUCUGGUCAUGAUUGGCAUUGCCAAUGAGGACUUGGCGAAAGUGGUUGCGAAUCUCGCUCUGUUGCUGAAGCCCGGCGGAUACCUGCAGUGGGAGGAAAUCAACAACUUCGACAACCACGUCGUGACCAUCAACGACACCAUCCAAACACCCGCCAUGAGCGAGCUGCUAGAAUGGAUGACCGCAGGGCCGAAGAAGUACCGCAACGGAGUCGAAUGGCGAUUGAUUAUCCCAACCGUCCUCGAACAGCACGGCUUCACCAACGCCGUCGUCCACAGCCAUUCCGACCCGCCGGAGCUGCGCCGCUGGCUGACAGAGGUGUCAUUCCAGACGCUGACCGAAUUCGCGGGCAAGAAACUGCCCAAGGACUCCAAGGAGGCCAUCUGGCUGUCUCGCAUCCUCGAGCAGGCGCACGAGGAGUGCAAGAACGGCGCGGCUAUCCAUAUGGGCAAGUUGAUUUGUGUUGCGCAGAAGAAGGAGAUAUAG